AUGUUUCCAACACCACUAACAUCACAAACAGAUACAAACAAUAUCUUCUUUCAUCAUUCAAAAAUUACACAUGAAAAACGUUCCGUAAGUUUAAGCCAGCGUGGUGUCUUUCGAGGUUCGACCGUCUGGUUGACUGGGCUAUCUGGUGCAGGAAAAUCGACCAUAGCGUUUGCCCUCGAAGAAUAUAUAAUCAAUAAGGGUUUACCAGCCUAUUGUCUUGAUGGUGACAAUAUUCGAUAUGGCCUGAAUAAAAAUCUUGGCUUUUCGGAUGUUGAUCGUAUUGAAAAUAUUCGUCGAAUUUCUGAAGUAUCUAAACUGUUUGCUGAUGCUGGUGUUACGUGUAUUGUGGCCUUCAUUAGUCCUUUUGAAGAGGAUCGAAAAAAUGCUCGAGAAUUGCAUGAAGUAGCUGGAUUACCAUUCAUUGAAGUAUUUGUGAAUACUCCAAUGUCCGUGUGUGAAGCACGUGAUUGCAAAGGAUUGUAUCGAAAAGCACGUGAUGGUCUUAUCAAAGGUUUCACGGGUAUCGAUGCUCCAUAUGAAACACCAAAAAAUCCCGAUUUGACUAUCGAUACGAGUAUUGUUUCAAUUGACCAAGCCGUAGAAAUGAUUCUGAGCAAAUUGGCUGAACGUAAUGUUUUCCCACCAACUUUAAUCCAACCUGUACAUGAACUCUUUAUGAAUGAUCAAGCACGCAAAGAAGCACUGGAACAAUUCUCUCAAAUGGAUAAACUCAAUAUCAGUCAGCUCGAUCUGGAAUGGGUUCAAGUUUUGAGUGAGGGAUGGGCAACACCAUUAGCUGGUUUCAUGCGAGAAACCGAAUACUUGCAAUGUCUCCAUUUUGGUUGUCUCAUGAAAGGUUAUAUUGCAAAUCAUACAAUUCCCAUUGUUCUACCGUGUUCGACGGACGAUAAGCAACGACUUCAAUCAAGUUCGAUGAUUGCUCUAUGCUACGACAGAAAACUAGUUGCCGUAUUGAAAAAACCAGAAUUUUACGAACAUCGGAAAGAAGAACGUUGUGCACGAACGUUUGGCACAACCGAUGUUAGUCAUCCGUACAUUAAAAUGAUUAUGGAUAGUGGCAAUUGGUUGAUUGGUGGAGAUUUAGAAGUUGUCGAACGUGUUUGUUGGAAUGAUGGACUCGAUCAAUUUCGUCUGACACCAAACCAAUUACGGCAACGCUUUCGUGAUCUUCAAGCUGAUGCUGUGUUUGCUUUUCAAUUAAGAAACCCUAUUCACAAUGGACAUUCACUACUGAUGCAAACAACACGCAAUCUAUUGAUUGAGCGAGGUUUUAAAAAUCCCGUUCUUCUUCUUCAUCCAUUGGGUGGUUGGACAAAGGAAGAUGAUGUGCCAUUGCAUAUUCGUAUGGCUCAACAUCAAGCUUUCCUUCGUGAUGAUCAAGAUGAUCGACUCGAUCGAUCUCGAACCGUUCUGGCUAUUUUUCCAUCGCCCAUGAGCUAUGCUGGACCGACUGAAGUACAAUGGCAUGCCAAAGCACGCAUGGUAGCCGGUGUCAAUUUCUACAUAGUCGGUCGUGAUCCAGCCGGUAUGCCGCAUCCAUCGAAUAAAUCCAAAGAUCUCUACGAUCCAACACACGGUGCCAAAGUAUUGACGAUAGCGCAGGGUCUUAAUGAACUUCAAAUAUUACCAUUCAAAGUGGCUGCCUAUCAUCGACCAUCGAAAAUGAUGACUUUCUACGAUCCAGCCAAGCAUGACGAAUUUGAUUUAAUAUCCGGUACACGAAUGCGAAGUAUCGCUCGUAGUGGCUUACAACCACCUGACGGAUUUAUGGUGCCUAGUGGAUGGAAUGUCUUAGCAGCUUACUAUCAAUCCAUUGCAGCAUAA